UGCGGUAUUCGGGGCGUAUAAAUUAUAUUUAUUGAUUCGUCGUUUAUUAUGAUAUAUUCUUUGUUUUAUGUGAAAAUGAAAUGUGUUAAUAUUGAAUUGCUUGAAUGAGCUUCAAGUAAUUUCCAAUUUAAGGUUUUUAAAUACGAGUCUGUGUUAUAAACCAAUUAUUGCAAAAUGUCUUCUCUACUCAAUUUACCGGAGGAAAUUCUCCUUCAAAUUGUAAAAUUAUUAGAUAUGCCAUCAAUCUUUAAUCUUUAUAACACUUGUAAUAUAACGAGGAACAUAGUUCGUAUGUAUGGAAGUGUGAAAAUAUGUAAUUUAACUCACAAUACCCUGGCUUCAGCUCAUAUUCUUAAUCAUGAUUUAAUGAAAUAUAUAUCACCCGCCAUUCAAGUACUUAAUUUGUCGGCUGUGGGAAAUUUGAAUAAAACAAUAUUACUGGCAGCAGCAAAGAGAUUAAAAAGCUUACAGUCAAUAGAUUUGGGAUACACAAAUAUAACAAUUUGUGAUUUUUUAGAUAUUCAUAAGGCUUGCCCAACAAUAAAGGAACUCACAAUUAAUUUUAUAUUUGAGAAAAAAUAUGUUAGUCUACAACUUUCUCAAAAGCUCUUAACACGGUGCCAAGAAACAUUUAAAGAUUUUAAAAGCAUACAUUUUAUUGGAUCUCAAAGUAAUUUGUUAAAUAAUAACAUAGCACCCGUAAUCUUGGGCAAAGCUAAAGAUCUUCACUUACAAUUCACUAUAUUGAAUGAAACAAAGAUAUCCUAUAUCACUGUUGAAUGUCAAUCAGAUAAUUUCUCUUUCAAAAAUUUUUAUUUAUACUUUAGUCUGAACUCAUGGAAAUAUGCUUGUACAAAUUUUUUGAUUGGAUCGCCUUUGCUUCGUGAUGACAAUCUUUGUGCAUGUGAAUGCAUAUUUAUCCUUAAACCUACACCACUAACAACUGAAUAUUUAGAAGUAUACUGUUCCCCAUUGUUCACUGACUUUUUUGCCAAGAAAUUUGAUAUUGAUGCAGGAAGCCUAAAAGAAUAUAGACGAAGUACAGUCCAUAAUGCUAUGUUCCUGUUUUGGAGAAAGGAUAAAACAAAAUUUGAUGAUAAAUUUUUCCAAAACUUGCUAAAAUGCCUAAAGGCAUAUUUUCCCUUCUAUUUUGAAUCUACAAGUGAAGACCCAGCGCCAUCAAACUAUGAUUGGUUUCAAACUACCUGUUUGGACCCUGAUGAUGACCAACCAUCUGGCAGUGUUGUAGAACCGACAUUCAAGAGAGCCAGAGUUGGACAACCUAACUCGCUUCUCAAUUUUGAUACUGUUUUUAAAGAUAAAGAAAAAAUUGAACUUACACUUUGCUUCUAUGGUCUAAAAAUUAGGCCUAGAACAUUAUCUCCAUCAUGCAACUUUUUAUCCAAGCUGACUUAUUUGUAUUUGAAAGGAAAAGUACAUUACAGUGGAGAAUUCUUUAAUGUUCUAUUCAGAUGCUGUGAUAAACUGGAGACGUUGAAUUUUGAAGCUCCUCUUGUAACAUUUGUGAAGUCGAUUGCAAGAUCUCUGCCAUUGAGUAAAUCAAUAAAAAACUUAAGAAUAGUCACAAAGGACAUGGAUUUCGAAACUAUGAUCUCAUCUUUCAGUCAAUGUCAAGCUUUAGAAAAUGUGCAUCUAGUAGACGUAUCAGAUAAUUGCUUUGAGAUAACAGAUCCUUCAAUCAUGUUUCAGAAAUGUGCAUUUCUGUAUUGUUUUCACAUUUACGUCCCAAUAACUGAUGCCAAAAGAACAAAACAAAUGCAAAUAUUAAAUAAAGCUAAAUUAAAAGUGAACAAACCACACAUUUCUGCGUUCAUAAUUAACUCUGAACAUUAUAAUUUUGAAAAUAAUCCCUUUAUUGAAGUUUUUAAAAUGAUUAUAACCAAACCAUUUCCUAUGUAAAUGUGUUUACAAUUAAGAUUUGCACAUUCUCUGAGAUAAUAUUGUCUCUAAUUAAAAUCUUGAUGUAUUUUUUGGUGUCUAUGGUAUAACAAUUUUGAAUAUUUACAAAUUGUGGGAAAUUUUAGUACCUAUUUGUGAUAAUCGAAAUAUUUCCUUCCUGUGUUUAGAAAUAAGAAUAGAAAACAGUUUUAAGUGCUUACAAUAUGUAAAAGAUUAUCACAUGAUAAUCGUUUACAUGUAAGCAUGAUAAUAAUAGUAACUGCUCCUUGCAUUUAUGACAUUAUUUAUAAGGUCAUUAAACAUUUAAAUGUCUAUCUUUAUAUAUAUUAAUGUGGUAUUAAACAUACCUAUGUGUUAAUGAAUGUGCAAUUUUAGUGAUAAACUUUUUUCCUCCAGUUCUCAACUAUAAAUGUAACACAAAAUGUUUUAAACAAUUAACUAUUAUUUUGUAGUUCAAAAACUUAUUUAUGAUAGUUAUUUCUAUUAAAUCUCAGAAGCCAGCAACUUCUAUUAAAUGUUAUACUUUAAUAUAUCUAAGUCAAUAUAAUAAGUUAAUUAACUAUACUUUAUAAUUUUUAUAUUUAUAAACAUUUUCUUGAUGUUUUUUGGAUAGUGUAAUAUCCAGCAUAUAAAUGUGAUAGAUUAAGUAUAUUAAUUAUACAUGUAGUGAACAUUGAGAUAUACAUAUAUGGAGGAGACACCACGAACAAAAUCUGUGCGCCAUUUUUUUGCUCUAAGUUUU